CUCUUUCUCUUUCUCCCCCAAAUGCAGUCUACUCUUGUACAGUAAGUCUUCUCUCUAUACUCUAUUUUCUUCACCGCACCUCCCCGAAGAAAAGAAUUUAUGAUUAAAGAAUUAAGCAAAAAACAGGCAAAUCUCCCUCGCUCUCUGUUCUUAUUUGUUUUCUUGCCGCGGAACCGGUCGGUGAUCUCUGAAGGAACCUGCAAAACCAGGAAUCCAGUCAAAUGUGAUGGGAGGCGGUUUCUCCCGGCUCUUCCCGUGCUUGAAACCGGCCAACCAAAACCACCAACCGGAUUUGAUAUUCACGGCCACUGAGCCUUUGGAUGAAACCCUAGGCCAUUCCUUCUGCUACGUCCGUUCCUCCGCUCGCUUCAUCUCCCCGUCCCACUCCGACCGCAUCUCCCCCUCUCAGUCUCUCCGGUUCUCUCCUUCUCACGAACCCGCCCUGAAAACCAGGUCCAGUUUGCCCGAAACCGCUUUCAAGGCUAUUUCCGGCGCUUCGGUCAGUGCUAAUACUUCGACUCCCAGGACUGUCAUCCAGCAUGACGUUAUUUACGAUGAUGCCACUGAAUGCGCUGGUGUUCCUAAGUCGAGUGUCGUCAAUGGCUUCGAGAGCACCUCGUCUUUCAGUGCUCUGCCGCUGCAGCCAAUUCCACGCGCCGGCGAUGCGCCGGGUCCGAUUGAGCGGGGGUUCUUCAUCUCGGGACCGAUCGAGCGGGGUGCGCUAUCCGGGCCGCUCGAUGUGAAUACCGCUUCUGAUGGGGGAAGAGUUCCUUUUUCGGCCCCGCUUGGUGGUUUUUACGUAAAAAAGAAGAGGAAGAAAGGGAUUUCUGGAAUUCGGAAGGCGUUUUACCGAGGUUUCUCCGAGAAGAAGCGGCCCUGGGUUGUACCGGUUCUUAAUUUCGUCGGCCGGAAAGAAGGUCCGACUGGAUAUGGAGGUGAAGCGGAAGCAAAAAAUGAGAGCAACGUUCAGUGGGCCCAUGGAAAAGCCGGGGAGGAUCGGGUUCACGUCGUCGUGUCUGAAGAACACGGUUGGCUCUUCGUCGGCAUUUAUGAUGGUUUCAAUGGCCCAGAUGCACCGGAAUUCUUGAUGAGUAAUCUCUAUCGUGCUGUUUAUAAUGAGCUCGAGGGAUUGUUUUGGGAUGCUGAGAAAGAUUCUUCAGUAGUUAUUGAGCAAGAAAGUGCGAAUUGUAAUUUAGGGAAUGUAGUUGGUGCUGAAGGAAAUGACUCGUUUCAGGAGAACUCUACCUUAGACUUAGAGCCAGCAAAGGAUGAAGGAGUAGCUAACAAGAAAUGUGCCAAAGGGACGGAAAAGGAUGAGGAAAUGUGUCCGAAGAACUGCGACGACGGGAUGACGAAGGAUGAAGAAGUGAGUCAGGAGAAAUGUGGCCAAGCAGUACCCAGGGAUGAGGAAGUGUUGGAGUCUGACAGAGAUUUGAAUAGUUCAUCUUUGAAUAGCGGGUCAGUGAAGAGAGUAACAUUUCAAUUAGAGCAGACUGUAUUAAGAAGGAAGCCUCUUUGGGAGUUUCUUGCAGAAGCUGAGGCAGAUGAUGGACUCGAUCUUUCAGGUUCAGAUCGGUUUGCUUUCUCUGUUGAUGAUGCCCUUCGUGUUAGUAAUGCUGGAUCUUCAGUGAGGAUACGAUCACUGCUAUUGUCAAAACUGAAAUACGGAUUUUCCAAGAACAAGGAGGGUCAUAGCAAGAAGUUGUUCCCAUGGAAAUAUGAUUGGGAGGAUAAAGAGAAAACUGAAUCUGAAAACAAAGUCGAGGAUAGAUCCUCUCGGAGCUUUAGGAAACGUAGGGUGGGGCCAAUAGAUCAUGAGUUGGUCUUAAGGGCUCUUUCCCGGGCUCUUGAAAUUACUGAAUUUGCAUACUUGGAAAUGACAGACAAGGUUCUUGAUGGGAAUCCAGAGCUAGCACUGAUGGGCUCCUGUUUGUUGGUUGUGCUAAUGAGAGAUGAGGAUGUGUAUGUGAUGAAUGUGGGUGAUAGUCGUGCUAUUGUUGCUCAAUAUCAACCUCAAGAAAUCAAUUCUAGUAUGGAGCCAAAGGCACACGGGAAUGGGGUAGUAGAAAUGGAGGGUAUUGUUGAAGAGACCAGUGCCACUGGUAGCACGGGAAAUAAGGUGGGCAAUGAAACACCUGAGCCUCCUCCUCAAGAAAUGAGGUUGAUUGCGCUGCAGCUCUCCACUGAUCACAGUACAAGCAUUGAAGAAGAAGUCCUAAGAAUCAAGGCAGAACACCCAGAUGACAACCAAUGUAUUGUCAAUGAUAGAGUGAAGGGUCGUCUUAAGGUCACUCGAGCAUUUGGGGCUGGAUUUCUUAAACAGCCAAAAUGGAAUAAUGCAUUGCUGGAAGUGUUCCGGAAUGAGUACAUUGGUACUGCUCCAUACAUAUCAUGUUCGCCUUCUCUUCGUCACCAUAAGCUUGGACCUAGUGAUCAAUUCUUAGUCCUCUCAUCUGAUGGUCUAUACCAGUACUUAACCAAUCGGGAAGUGGUUUCUCAUGUUGAGAGUUUCAUGGAGAAGUUUCCAGAUGGGGAUCCUGCACAACAUUUAAUUGAGGAGCUCCUAUUCCGUGCAGCCAAGAAAGCUGGCAUGGAUUUUCAUGAGCUAUUGGACAUUCCACAAGGAGACCGCAGAAAGUAUCAUGAUGAUGUUACUGUUAUGGUGAUAUCACUAGAAGGAAGAAUUUGGAAGUCAUCAGGAAAAUACCUAUGAAACAUCUUCGCAAAUGGCUACCCCUCUAUUCAUGACUUUUAAUACAAAUUACUUCAGCAACUCAAUUGGUUUCUCUCUCAAGACCAAUGUAAUGUAAGCCUUACCAAGGGGAGUCUAUCAUUCAAGCUAGCAAGUUCUGUUUAUUGACCCAUUUUUCAUGGUCCAAGAAGGAUUUGUUUAUCUGGUACUUGCUGGGCAUGGUAUAACCAACGAGCAUGAUCGGCACUGAUGUUAGAUUUUCAUCGAGGCUGCUGCUUUCUCAAACAGAUGCAAAAUUGGGUUCAAUAUGAACCCACCGGAAUUUGAUAUUGGAUUGUCAGGAAGAGCUCUUUUGGGGAAAGGGUUGGUUUUUCUGUUGCGCAUUGGUGGGGGCUCUGUGAAUCAUUUGUCCUUCAUUUUUUUUUUUCUUUCCACAUAUUUUUCCUAUGUAUUCUUUUCCUCUUCCAGAGGAAAAUGUUGGGGGGAAGGUUUUUGCCAAUCUUUAACAUUUCAAACAAUGAGCAUAUGUAAUCUCUUUGGUGGUGUUGCACCACACCGGUUUAUAAAGAAAAAGAAAAUCCAAGAUUCUU